CCAGGAGAAGGUCCAAUAUGAAAACGAUACUCGUCUUAUCUUUAGUUUGUGCAGUAGUCUCCUCAGCAGAGAUAACGACUCUCCUAAAAGGCCGCAAUAUUACAAGUCUAGAGGAGCGCCUGUCCAAUUUGGAAAAAACGAUAGACCGUCGCCUGAAUGUUACAGAGCAAGUUUUGGGACAAUUACUGACAGGAAGAACUGGUGCUGAUAUAUCACUUCUGGAUGUUCUCUCUCUUAGAUCUGGUUUACUGGGCAGUAACUCGGAACCUGUACUAUUUUCUGCCUAUAAAUCUUUUUCUGAAAACGGCAUUAGUUCCCAUGUAACUAUCAGAUUUGACAAGACCUACAUCAACCUUGGGGACCACUACCACACAGAGGAUGGUAUCUUCAUUGCUCCAGCGACGGGUGUCUACCUGUUCCACUGGACCAUCGCCACUGCAGGUUCCUCUUUUUCCACUCAGCUGAUGGUUGGAGGUUCACCAAGGGCUUCCAAUCUAAUUCCCUUUCCAGGCGGGAUAGACUCCGCUUCAGCGAUGGUAAUUAUCAAUGUCAAUGAAGAUGACCAUGUGUGGAUACAACUAUAUGGCUCUUCAGAGUAUGUCUACGGGGACAGUUUUUCUAUCGGAAAUAAUUACCAAUCUACAUUUUCAGGAAUCCUUUUACGAAGAACAUAAGUGGAUUCCUGUCUAUUUCGACCUCCUUCUGAAGUUCGAAAUUUUAAAAUCAUGAAAAGAUGCACUGAUUGUUUGUAGCUCGUGAUAUAGAUGUAAAAACAUUAAAUUUCAAAUUUCUUUAAAUUUUUAUG